GUGUGUAGUGGUUGUGUGUAGGUGCGUUGGUGAGAAUGGAUUCCGCGAUGGAUACGGCAUCGACGGCCAGCGAUCACAGUAUCGCUUCGUCGAACGAUUCGCGAGGCCGAAAUGUGUCCUCGCCCCUGUCACACACGCACAACGGCGGCGGUUCCGUGGGCAGUCAUCACCUUCAUCAUGCGGCGCAGCAUCACGCCGCCCAGCAUCAGCAGCAGCAGCAACACCAUCAGCAGCAGCAUCAUCAGGACAAAACGCGAACACCGACACCGGUCAGUCCGGUGCACAAUAGCAGUCAUGGCGGUAGCAACGGGAGCAACGGUGGCGGUGCAGGCCACAAUGGUGGCAGCAACAACAACGGUGGCAGCAAUGCCGCGCUUAACAAUCACACUGGCCCGGGCCGCCAGCUUUCGUCUAGUCCGCUGAGUGCUGGGGCCGCCCAGGCCCAGAUGUUGGGCCACCUGGGGGGACACCCGCAGCUUGGCAGCCCACCGCACGUCUCGACACCGAGCAGCGGCAUGGGUAUGGUCGGGAUGGGACCGCGGAUGGCCCAAAAUCUGUCGCACAUACCGCCGCACGGGCUCGGUCUGCUCAACUCCUUCAUGCACCACGCUAGUCCGCUCGAUCUGAUGGCCGCCGCCCAUCACCAUGUGCCACCGCGUUCGUACAACAGCCCACCGCCGAUCUCCAGCUCCGAUCCAACGGCCAACGAGUGCAAACUGGUCGACUACCGGGGCCAGAAGGUGGCCGCCUUCAUGAUACAGGGUGAAACGAUGCUUUGUCUUCCGCAAGCGUUCGAGCUGUUCCUCAAGCAUCUCGUCGGUGGUCUCCACACCGUCUACACCAAGCUGAAACGGCUCGACAUCGUGCCGCUGGUCUGCAAUGUUGAGCAGGUGCGGAUACUGCGCGGUCUCGGUGCGAUCCAGCCCGGCGUCAACCGCUGUAAGCUGCUGUCCUGCAAGGACUUUGAUGUCCUCUACCGUGACUGCACCACUGCUAGAUGCUUGUCCAUAAAGCCACCUGAGAGUUCCAGACCUGGACGGCCACCGAAGCGGGGCCCGGUAGGACUUUCCAUGCCGGCGACACACAUGCAGCACCACGCACAAUUGAAGAAACAUCGGCUGGACAACGGGGAGUUCGUGUACGAGAACGGUCAUCUAGGCGAUUUACCGAGACUGGAUAAGUCGCCACUGCUGGCGAACGGCUACAAUGCACCCCCAACCCAUCUGAACCACAUACCGUUCAUGCAGAUGAAUCCGCACCCGGGCGGCGGUCACCAUCCGCUGAUGAGCCCCGGCGUCAACCCGCACGGCAUUCCGCGGCCCGACGGUUCCAUCAUCAAGGGCCAGAACAUCCCGGGCAUGGAAGCGAUCGCAAGGUCCUCUGGUAUUUGGGUAAAUUGCAGAGCUGCCUACGAGGAUAUCGUGAAGCAUCUCGAAAGACUGCGUGAAGAGCGAGGCGAGGACAGAACACCGGGCGUGGACCACAAGCCGCGCGAUUUGAGCUCCCAGGGCAGUGGGCCUCCACUGGCGGACUCGCCGAAUGGUCAAAGUCCGGCACUGAACCUGUCGAAGUCGUCCGGUGCGGAUCAUACCGGUGUCGGUGGUGGUGGUAGCGGGAUUGGAGUGGCCGGCGGUGGUGGUGGUGGUGGUUGUGGUGGUGGCAGUGGGGCCAUGAGCGAACGGAGCACCCCGAACUCACCGGAACCAUCGGUGCACGACGAGGACGACAACCUGAGCGAAGCCAACAUAUCCGAUACCGAGGAACCGAACGAAAAGGAUGAAGACAUCAGUGAUUGCGAGCGGGACAUUAGCUCACCGGUUCCGGUGUCCGGACCGUGUCCGGGUGUGCCCGGGGUGCAGGACCUCGAGGCGGCCCGGGCCGCGCAAGCCCUCAACUAUUCGAGCCUGGCGGUCGCGGUUGGUGCGGGGGUCCCCGUGCCCGGGCAGGAUCCGAGCAUAUCCUCGACCGAGACGCUGCUGCGCAACAUCCAGGGGCUGCUGAAGGUAGCGGCGGACAAUGCACGGCAACAGGAACGCCAAACAUCGUACGAAAAAGCCGAGCUGAAGAUGGACGUCAUCCGUGAGCGCGAGGUGAAGGACUCGUUCGAGCGUCAGUUGGCCGACGAAAAGCGGGUCCGAGCCCUUUAUCAGAAGCGCUUCAAGAAGGAGCGCCGGCUGCGGAUGCAAAUCCAGGACCGGCUCGAUGGGGAGCGCAAACGACGGGUGCAGCUCGAGGACAUCAUCAAAGCAUCGGGAGCACCGGCCGAGGCCCUGCGAAUCAUUGCAGAGAACAUAAGUAGCGAGCAGCAGCAGCGCGAAAAGGAGCGAAGCGAGCGUGACGCGGAGCGUGAGAAGGAACGCGACGUGAAGGAGCGUGACCGGGAGGGCCGGCAAGGACGUGAUAAAGGACAGGAACGUGAACGAGAGCCGGUGGAUCGUAAUCGAGAGCAUCAUCGUGGUGGUGGUGGUGUUGGUGGUGGCGGCGGCGGUACCGGCGGUGG